UUUUUCUCUUUUCCAUAGGUCAUUGUAAUGUCAAUAAAAUAGACUAAGAUUCUCCCUGCCUGAAAUCUGGUUGUUUGAAAUGGAGUGAAGUAGUAGGCUGAACACUUAGGCUUUUUAAAGUUAGAGUGGCUUACAUUGUUAUUUAUUAAAGUUGUCUUAAAAAAUAUGGUUAUUCUUACAGAAUGGAGUCUAAUUUGAAUCAAGAUGGAGUGCCUAGGCCAUCUUAUGUUUUUAGUGCUGACCCAAUUGCAAGACCUUCAGAAAUAAAUUUUGAUGGUAUCAAGCUUGAUCUCUCUCAUGAGUUUUCCUUAGUUGCUUCAAAGACUGAGGUAAACAACUUGGAAUCAAAAGAUUAUCUCCAGGUUUGUCUUCGAAUAAGACCAUUCACACAGUCAGAGAAAGAACAUGAAUCAGAGGGCUGUGUGCAAAUUCUGGAUUCACACAGUGUUCUCUUGAAAGAGCCUCAAAGCAUCCUAGGUCACUUAAGUGAAAAAAGCUCUGGGCUGAUGGCACAAAAAUUCAGUUUUUCCAAGGUUUUUGGCCCAGAAACUACACAGAAGGAAUUCUUUCAUGGUUGUAUUAUGCAACCAGUAAGAGACCUAUUGAAAGGACAAAGUCGUCUAAUUUUCACCUAUGGCUUAACCAAUUCUGGAAAAACAUACACAUUUCGAGGUACAGAGGAAAACAUUGGAAUUCUUCCACGAACCUUGAAUGUGUUGUUUGCCAAUCUUCAGGAAAAACUGUAUGCAAAGAUGAACAUUAAACCGAAUAGAUCAAGAGAAUAUUUACGGUUGUCACCCACCCAAGAGAAAGAAGAAGUUAUAAACAAAAGUGCUUUGCUUCGGCAAAUUAAAGAGGUUGUUACACUUAGUGACAAUGAUGAUACCCUUCAUGGAAGCUUCACCAACUCUAUGAAUAUUCCAGAGCUCGAAGAAUCCCUGAAAGAUUGUGAACCAUCUAGCUUGAAUAUGGAUAAUAUAAAAUUUUCUGUAUGGGUUUCUUUCUUUGAGAUUUACAAUGAAUGUAUUUAUGAUUUGUUUGCUCCUGUAUCAUCGAAGUUCCAAAAGAGAAAGAUGCUGCGCCUCUCCCAAGAUGUAAAGGGCUAUUCUUUCAUAAAAGAUCUACAAUGGAUUCAAGUAUCUGAUUCCAAAGAAGCAUACAAACUUUUAAAACUAGGAAUAAAGCACCAGAGUGUUGCCUUCACAAAACUGAAUAAUGCUUCCAGUAGAAGUCACAGCAUAUUCACUAUUAGAAUCUUACACAUUGAAGUUUCUGAAAUGCCUCGUGUAAUUGGAGUCAGUGAAUUGUCUUUAUGCGAUCUUGCUGGUUCAGAACGCAGCAUGAAGACACAGAAUGAAGGUGAAAGAUUAAGGGAGACUGGGAACAUCAAUACUUCUUUAUUGACUCUGGGAAAGUGCAUUAAUGUUUUGAAGAACAGUGAAAAAUCAAAGUUUCAACAGCAUGUGCCUUUCCGGGAAAGUAAACUGACCCAUUAUUUUCAAAGUUUUUUUAAUGGUAAAGGGAAAAUAUGUAUGAUUGUCAACAUCAGUCAGUGUUGUUUUGCCUAUGAUGAAACGCUCAAUGUGCUGAAGUUCUCAGCCAUUGCACAAAAAGUUUAUGUUCCUGAUGCUUUAAAUUCCUCUCGAGAGAGAGCUGGUGGAACUUCCAAGUCUUCUGAAGACAUAUCAGUAGAUAAUAAUUCAGAUAAUAAAAUGUUAAAUGUAAAAAGAGCCACUGUUUCAUGGGAAAAUAAUCUUGAAGAUUUGGUAGAAGAUGAAGAUUUGGCUGAGGAUCUAGAAGAAGGUGAAGAAACUCAAAAUAAAGAAAUGGAACUUAGUGAUGAAGAUUUGGAUAGAACUGUGGAAGAUAAGACUUUACUUAACUGCAAGGAGAACAAGAAACUAUUGAAUUUAAUAGAAGAACUGAAAAAAAAACUGAUAAAUGAAAAAAAAGAGAAGUUAACAUUGGAACUUAAAAUUCGAGAAGAAGUUACACAGGAAUUUACUCAAUAUUUGGCUGAACGUGAGGCUGACUUUAAAGAAACAAUCCUUCAGGAACGAGAGAUAUCGGAAGAAAAUGCUGAAUGCCGUCUGGCGAUCUUCAAGGAUUUGGUUGGUGUAUGUGACAUUCAGGAAGAGCCAAGCAAUAGAGUUUGUGCUGUGAAAGUUGAAACUGAGGAAGCACAUAAUUAUGUAGGAUUUGAAGAUAUUAUUGACUCUCUUCAAGAUGAUGUCACUGAUAUUAAGAAACAGGCUGAAAUUGCUCACUUAUGCAUUGCAUCUCUUGCUGAUCCCCAGGAAGCCAUUGCUUGUUUACAACUAAAGUUAAGUCAAGUUAAAACUGAAUUAGAUAAAACUAAAGAAGAAUUAAUCAAAACCAAAGAAGAGUUAAAAAAGAGAGAUAAUGAAUCAGAUUUAUUAGUCCAAGGGCUGAAGAAAUCUAGUAAGGACAAGGAUGAUACAUCUUUAAUAAACGAUAAAAUGACUUGUAAUAAGACGGUUGAAGUGUCCAAGGACAGCAGAACCAAAAUGUUUUCAGAACGAAAAAGGAUAAAUGAAUGUGAUCUUCAACAAGAUGAACCACCAGCAAAGAAAGGAUCUAUGUUGACUAAUUCAGCUAUCACUGAAGAAGAAAGGAAAAGUGAAAUACAAUGUAACAUUUCAGACAGGGGGCAAGAUGUUACCUCUUUACAAGAUAAUGCAGAGUUGAAAACACUCUUAUCUAUUGCUGAACAUAAACUUCAGAAUGAAAAGGAAGAAAAAGCAGAAUUAAAUAAACUGAUUGUUAAUUUACAGCAAGAACUUUCUUCAUCUGAAAAAAAGAGUUCAACAUUAAGCAUACAAGUCCAACAAAUUCAGUCAAACUAUGACAGUGUGGUUGCUGAAUUAGAUGUACAAAAAGGUAUAAAUGAAAAACAGGCAGAAAAGAUCAUCAAAUUAUCAAAGGAGAUAGAAACUGCUACAAGAAACAUCUCGAGGAAUGUUUCACAAAUAAAAUUAAUGCAGGCAAAAAUAGAUGAACUGCGUUCACUUGAUUCAGUUUCUCAGAUCUCAGACAUAGAUUUGUUCCAUCUCGGGGAUUUGUCAAAUGAUUCUCAGGAAGAGAACCUGUCAGACACCCAGGUACACCAUUUAGGUAAUGAUGAUUUGAAAAGUAAACAGCAUAAGGAAUACCGUGUUCAAGAAUUCCGCAGAGGUAACUCUUUCCAUACUAGUAUUGAAGCUAUUUGGGAAGAAUGCAAAGAGAUUGUGAAGACCUCUUCCCAAAAAAGUCAUCAGAUCCAGGAACUGGAAAAACAAGUUGAAAACUUACAGACGGAAGUAGGAAGAUACCAAGAUGAAAACACUAGGCUAAAAAUAGAAGAUCGUGAAAUGAAAAAUCAAGGUGAGCUAAUAAAAGAAAAAGAAAAUAUGAUACAGCAGCUGAAGCAAGAAUUACAAGAAAAAAAUAACCAUCUUGAUGAUCAGAAACAGCAAGUAGUUGAAGGAGAGAAAGCACUGUCCGAACUCGCCCAGGAUGUUACUCGCUAUCGGGCAAAAGUAAAGGAGCUUGAAAGCAUCUUAGAGACUCAGAAAGAUGAAUGCAGGCACUCAGCCAGGUUAGAACAGGUCAUGCUGGAAAAGGAGUCCAUCAUUUUAAAGUUAGAAGAAAAUCUGAAGGAAUUGCAAGCAAAUCUUGAGGAUUCUCUCAAAAACAGCAAAGAUUUAAGUGAAAAGGAAAUAAGGUUGAAAGAAGAGGUCACACAGUUAACAAGUAAUCUGCAAGCUAUGACACAUUCACUUCACUUAAUGGAAGAAGAAAAAGAAACUAACAAGCAAGAAACAGAAAAAUUGAAAGCAGAGCUCUCUGCAAGCACCGCUCUUGCCGAGAAUCUCAGAGCAGAUCUCCAGAGAAAGGAUGAAGAUUAUGCUGAACUGAAGGAGAAACUGACCGAUGCCAAAAGGCAGAUUGAGCAAGUACAGAAAGAAGUGUCUGUAAUGCGUGAUGAGGAGAAGUUACUGAGGGUUAAAAUUAAUGAACUGGAAAAAAAGAAAAAUCAGUGUUCUCAGGAAAUAGAUAUGAAACAGCGAACCAUUCAACAACUCAAGGAACAACUAAGUAAUCAGAAAGUGGAAGAAGUGUUACAACAGUAUGAGAAAAUAUGCAAAGAUCUCAAUGUGAAAGAAAAAUUAAUUGAAGAUAUGCGAAUGACACUAGAAGAACAGGAGCAGACUCAGGUAGAACAAGAGCAAGUGCUGGAGGCCAAACUAGAAGAAGCUGAAAGUCUGGCCACAGAAUUGGAAAAAUGGAAGGAAAAAUGCCAGGAAAUCGAAAACAAAUGUAAUCUAAGUUCAGAUAAAAGCCUUGAAGAUUCAGAUAUUUGUAAAAAGCUCAGAAAGCUUCAAGAUGAGUUACAGGAGACUGAACAAAAAUAUGAAGCUGAUCGAAAGAAAUGGUUAGAAGAAAAAACACUGCUUAUCAAUCAAGCGAAAGAAGCUGAGCACCUACGCAACAGAGAGAUGAAGAAAUAUGCUGAAGACCGGGAACGUUGCUUAAAGCAGCAAAACGAAGUGGAAAUACUUACAGCGCAGCUGGAAGAGAAAAAUAUUAACCUUCAAAAAUGGCGAGAAGAACGGGACCAAUUGGUUGCAGCUUUAGAAAUACAGCUGAAAGCCCUGAUCUCCAGCAACAUAGAGAAAGACAGUGAAAUUCAACGAUUGAAAGUGAUGACAUCAGAGGUUUCUACAACAACAAAUCAAAUCGUGGAUACCAUGCCCACAGAUAGUUCAGCUGAUCCUUACAAAGUUGAAACUGAACCUCAGUCAACAGGUUUUAAAGUUUCUGGGACUGCAGCAGAGGAUGGAUCGGUAGUUCUUGACUCUUGUGAAGUAUCAUCAGAAAAUGAUCAAAGCACUCGAUUCCCAAAGCCUGAGUUAGAGAUUCAGUUCACACCUCUGCAUCCCAACAGAAUGGCGGUGAAGCACGCUGGUUGUGCUACACCAGUGACAGUUAAGAUUUCCAAGGCUCGGAAGAGGAAGAGCAAUGAAAUGGAGGAGGACUUUGUGAAAUGUGAGAAUAAGAAGAAUGCUACUCCCAGAAGUAAUUUGGACUUCCCUGUUUCAGAGCAUAGAAAUUCUUCCAUCAAAAAAGAACAGAAGGUUUCCAUACGUCCAUCAUCUAAGAAAACAUACUCUUUACGGAGUCAGGCACCCACGAUAGAUGUAAACUUGACCACUAAGAAAAAAGAAGGAACAUUUCAGAAAUUUGGAGACUCCUUACAGCGUUCUCCAACAAUUCUUCAGUCAAAAGCAAAGAAGAUCAUUGAAACAAUGAGCUCUUCAAACCUCUCAAAUGUAGAGGCAAGUAAAGAAAAUGUGUCGCGACCCAAACGAGCCAAACGGAAAUUAUACACAAAUGAAAUCUCCUCGCCUCUGGAUAUAUCUGGCCAAGUGAUUUUAAUGGACCAAGGAUUGAAGGAGAGUGACCACCAGAUUCUAAAGCGAAGACUUCGAGCAAAAAUGGAGAAAUGAAUGGC